AUCAGCCCCAUUUUAGAGGAGGAAACUGAGGCAGGCAGAGAUUAAGGAAUUUGUCCUGGUUAACAGUCAAUAAGUGAGGCUGGAUCUGAACACAGGUCUUCCUGACUCCAGGCACGACCCUCCAUCCACUGUUUCAUCUAGAAGAAGUAGAGAGGAAGGUGGAACGGGGGGGGGGGCGGGGAGAAACCUAAGAAAAGUCAGUGGGUGGGACCGAGAAGACCUGGCCACCAGAGCCCCACGUCCUGCCCAGAGCAUCCUCAGCAACGUCGGGACCCGGAUGUAGAAGCCCCCGUGAGAGAGGUUACAGAGGGAAGAUCUCGCCCUCCCCCAGCUAGAAGGGCUUGAGAAACAGGGCUAAAGAAUGUGUGGCAGAACAUCCUGCCACUUGCCUGUAGAGACUGUCAGGAGGGCAUGUAGCUACGUGGACAGCUUUGGGGAGGUACAGCUUCCUGAUUGGAAGGAUGAAGAUAAGUACUUUCCCUCCUACAACAAGAGUCCCCAGUCCAACAGCCCAGUGCUGGUAUCUCGAUUACAUUUUGAAGAGGAUGCUGACCCUUUUGAUCGGGUAAUUGUUUCAAUGCGCUGGGGUUUGAUCCCAUCUUGGUUCAGAGAGGCUGAUGCUUCAAAGAUACAGUUCAAUACCAGCAACUGUCGAAGUGAAACAAUGAUGGAAAGGCGGUCAUAUAAGGUGGCCCUGGAAAAGGGCAGGAGAUGUGUGGUGCUGGCAGAUGGGUUUUUUGAGUGGCAGCAGUUUCGGGGAGAAAAGCAGCCUUAUUUCAUCUACUUCCCCCAAAUCAAGACUGAAACGUCAUUCUUCAGCCGUUCAGUAGAAGAGGAAGUCUGGGAUGACUGGAGGCUACUAACAAUGGCUGGUAUCUUUGACUGCUGGAUACCGCCAAAUGGAGGAGAGCCCCUCUACUCGUAUACCAUCAUCACAGUGGACUCCUGCAAAGCCUUAAGUGACAUUCAUCACAGGAUGCCUGCUUUACUGGACGGUGAAGAAGAAAUUGCUAAAUGGUUGGAUUUUGGUGAGGUACCAAUUCAGGAAGCUCUGAAGGUGAUUCAUCCCAUAGAGAACAUUACCUUCCAUCCUGUUUCUACUAUUGUGAACAACUCCCUGAACAAUACACCCCAGUGUCUUGAACCUGUUGAGAUCGAGGAGAUGCCCUAUGUCAGUCCUAGCCGCCGGAAGAUGACACCAGAAUCCCCCCCAAAGGAAGACCCUGAUCUUCCCAAGAGGUCCAGGCAGGCUGGACAGAAGAGUUCUGCCCCUUCCAAGAGGGGCAGUGCACAGUUAAUGGAACAGUGGCUGAAAAAGCAUAGCAAGAAGCCCAAGAUUCAAUAAAUAAAUGCAAGGAGUCUUUCUCUGUCGGCACAUGAGGGUGACUGAGAUGUCCAAGUUUAGCUCCUGAUUCCUGACUCUCCCUGGCAAGGCAUCUCUUCCAGGGGUUCCCAUUUUGCAGCUUUUCUGACCACCUCUUCUCUCCCUGUAGUCCAGGUCCUAAAAAUGGUUGUCCUGGGCUAGGAGGAGCUUUUUUUUCUCCCAUUGGUAUUCUUGCCCCCACAACCACAACCUACAAUGUGUAUGUAAUUUUCUUAUUUACAAAGACAGGGUAGGAAAGACUAUUGAACUCAAAUUUAGCUCUUGAAUUGUCUUACAUUUUGUCAUACCAAAUGCCUGUCUCUUUAAGAAGGCCACUGUACUAGAAAUUUUCUCCUGUUUUUCAUUCUAUGGGUUUAGUAUUCAGCUAUUUUUUUCAAGUUGUUUAUGGGAAUUUGACAAAAUGAGUGGCACAAUGAGGUCAUGAAUUGUAGGCUCUCGCAGUUGUGCAGCCGGGGAUGGGAGGAGCCUGGCCUGGGUUUUAUAUAAAAAUCUGUAUCUCAGGAAUGUGCAGUUAGCUCUGCCAGGUUUGGAUUAAUAGGAUUAGAGGACCAGAACCUUUGUGUUUGUCCCUGAGGCAAAUGUGAUGCCUUCUCUGGGCCCAACAGGCUCCGAGAAACUGUCUGCUGGUUCAGUGAGGCAGGGUUCAAAGGAGUAAGGUAAUUCCCACAGAAGAGGGUAUAGCUUAUGACUCUCUCCUGAGACUAGGGUUACCUAGGGUGAGGACUCUCACUGAGGUCAUUUGACAAUUCAAAAUGAGUUCAUCCAGCUCCUCGUGAGGUGUUUCUUUGAUCUUUGGGGUAUUGUGAUUUGGUCUUUUGAUAAUGGAUUUUUUACAGUUUUGAAUGUGGUGUUGGAAGGGGAGCUGUUAAGAGGUAACACUUGUUUUCCUGUUGGUGGUGUCUCACUCAGCUUCCAAAUGACUAUGUCACAAGGGCUAAGGAAUCACUUUGGCUGGGAGGCAUUGUCCGGUUUCUGUACAGAAACCAGCAAUUUGGAAAUAAUAAUAAUUAAAAAAAACCUCUGGGUA